CACAGGCAACACCAAGAAGGACAAACUCUCGCUCCAUCCCAUUCCGCCGUAAAUCUUCCUCGCCCAAAAGCGACAAAGAGUCAAGGCGCCCAUUGAAGCAGCCAUGUCGAAGCGACAACCCUGCCACACCUAUGCAAAUACUGGAUCUUGCCAUUUUGGAGAUGGAUGCAAGUUCGCUCAUGUGGAGCGAUCAGAUUCCAAGGGCUGUUGGUCGCAAGAUCCACCUCGUGGUCGCAGGAACACCGGAAAUGGUCGUAUCGGUGGUGGUGAAGUAUUUGGUGGAACUAGGGGAGAGUCUUUCGGUUGGUUUGACGGCGCACCAUCCAACCCAGCACCGAGUCGACAGCCGCCUCGACAGCCGCCUCGCCAGCAACAACAGCAACAACAGCAACAGUACCAGUUAAAACAGCAGCAGCAGCAGCAUCAUCAACGCGUUCCAGGGAACCAGAACAGCAGGCGUGGAGGAGGCAAGCAGGCGCCAUCAGGGCCGCAGAAGGGAAAGAAGGGUGGGAAGCAGAACCAGGAGCCUCAAAAAGAUCCGUAUGCCUCUGUCAAAAAACCACUCCCGUUGCUAGACAAUUCGUGGAAAAGCGAUCUACCUCGAGACAAUUUUCGAUUCCAGUCUAUCUGUCCAUCAGAAGAGGACAUCAACAUGGACGAAUACCCCGAACCUCCAGAGAACAUCGUCCAUAUGGCGCAUGAGUCGACCGAAAAGUACAUCGAGGCGCACUUUCGUCUCCUUCGUGCAGACUGCACGCUUCCUGUGCGAGAUGCCAUCCGGUCUUACAGAGGGGGGAUCGUAGAAGACAACGAGAUGAUGAUAUACAUCAAUGUUCGACCUAUGGCGCUCUUGUUUGCCAACAUUGGAUUGGUUCAUCGAAUGUCCUUUAUCGUGGACGGUCGCAGGGUCAACUGGAGGCAGUCCAAGCGUCUUAUACCAGGAACGAUCGUUUGUCUCUCUAUCAAUGAGUUCGAGCAUUUCAGGUUCGCCACUGUCGUCGAGCGCGAUCUCGAGUUCCUGCAGAAUCCACGAGACCUAAGGAUCGGUAUAAAGUUCAUUCAUCCGGACCCACUCUACGACUUCAAUCCGGACAUCUGCUACACCAUGAUCGAGGCCAUGCAAGGCUACUUUGAAGCAUACCAGCAUAUCCUUAAAUGCCUUCAGGACAUCGACCCCUCCACCUUGCCAUUCCAGCCUCAGCUCGUUGGACUCGAACCGGAGUUGGAGCAGCCAGCAUAUAGCCGACGAAUCGCUAGUUUGUGGGACAGAGACUUUCUUGAAAUGUCCGUUCAGGAGUUCCCAAGUAUUGUGAAAGGUCAGGAGCCACAUUUCCGGGAUAAUCCCAAAGACAGAGAGCAAACCAAGCCGAGACCGGCCCCUGAACCUGUCCAGCCGAAUGUUUUGGAUGCGGUGCAACGCAUGCUCACUCAGGAACUCGCAGUCGUGCAGGGUCCGCCCGGAACAGGAAAGACUUUCCUCGGUCUCUUGACGACGCAUAUUCUUCUGGAGCAGUGUCGCACCGCAGCCACAGGACCGAUGAUUAUUGUCUGUCAAACCAACCACGCGCUGGAUCAGUUUUUGGAAGGAAUUAUGAAGUUUGAGGAUCGCAUUAUCCGCCUCGGAUCAAGAUCAAAGAGUGCUAUUGUAUCUGAGAGGACUCUCUACAACGUACGAAAGCGCUACAAAGAAAAUCCGACUGAGGCCCGUAAUGAUGGUCUCAGGAGUUCGGCUCCCGUGAGGUUUUUCAAGAUGCGGGACAAGCUGGAGGCAGAGAUGCUGUCCUUGUUGGAGGAACUCGCCGUCGAAUACGUACCCCUAGCGAAAUUCCUCGAAUUGAGCAUCAUCACGCAGGCACAAUUUGACUCCUUCGCGUACGACGGAUGGGUGACCAGACACGAUCAGGAAGAGAACCCUACGGCGGAACCUUGGCUACAGGCCGCGCCCUACAUCCAGGAUCCGAAUGACAUCUCUAUCUUUGACGAUGCUGCACUGAAGGACGAUAUUAUCCCCGAAAUUGACGAAGAGGAGCUUCAGGAUCGCGUUGAAGAAUUCAUGGUCGGAAACGUUGAUGAGAACAAGAUUUCGGGCCAUGCCGUCGACGUCAAGCCAUCCAUUGUUCGCCAUGUGGACGACCUUAUGAUGGGCGAUAUCGGGCCCUAUCUGAACAUGCCCAACGUGCACGAAAUUCCGGGACAGAAGCGAAUGGGUGUCUACAAGCAGUGGCUGCAUCGAUACCAGGCCACCAUUAUCGCCAGAUUAGGGGAGCUGAACAGGAUCUAUAAUUUAGUCUGCGAGAACAUUCGCGCUGAACUUCGGAGGAACGAUGUGUCGAUCCUCCAUACAGCGCGAGUCAUUGGUAUGACCACUACUGCAGCAUCUAAGUAUCACGACCUGCUUUGCCUGCUGCGACCAAAGAUCAUGCUGUGCGAGGAGGCCUCAGAAACCCUGGAGGCGCAUCUUCUGAGUGCCCUAACUCCAACUGUCGAGCAUUUUAUUCUAAUCGGAGAUCAUGAGCAGCUGCGACCAAGUAUGUCGGUGGAUGACUUGAAGCACAAGAACAUUGAUGUCUCCAUGUUUGAGCGUCUUGUCCAAAACCACUUCCCAUUCACAGUCCUGAAUUGUCAGCGGCGCAUGAGACCUGAGAUUCGCAGCUUGAUCCGACCAAUCUAUGCUCAUUUGACAGACCAUGAUUCUGUCAAGAGAUAUGAGAAUGUCAGGGGCGUAGUCAACAAUCUCUGGUUCCUGACCCACGACGAACUCGACGAGUUGGGAUCGAACAAUUCACACAUCAAUUUACAUGAAGUCGGCGUUGCGACGCGACUGGCGCUUUAUUUUCUCCAGCAAGGCUAUGAACCAUCCGAAAUCACGAUUCUGGCCAUGUACUCUGGCCAACGCAACAAAAUUCAGGAAAGACUACGCCAUAGCAAUGUCCGCGGUGCGAGCGACAUCCGAGUAUCGACCGUAGAUGGAUUCCAGGGCGAGGAAAAUGAAAUCAUUAUCUUGAGCUUGGUCAGAAGUAACACGAACAAUAGCAUUGGCUUCCUAAAGACAAGCAACCGUGUCUGUGUUGGACUUUCUCGUGCCAAGAAGGGCAUGUACAUCCUGGGCAACGCAAUGCUGUUGAUGCAGCAAUCCAAACUCUGGUUUGAAAUCAUUAACUCUCUGAUGCGAGACCCUGACCGGUUUAAGAUUGGUAACCGGAUCAAGCUGCAGUGCUCUCGACAUCCUGAGAUGAUUUCUGAGAUUGGUCUCGAGUCCGAUUUUGACCAGGUCCAGGACGGUGGCUGCUCAAAGCUUUGCGGCGGCACUUUUCCAGUCUGUGGCCAUCCCUGUCCAUACCGCUGCCAUAUAAAAGACCACGACGAGAUGAUGUGCAACCAUCCCUGCGAAAGAAUCCUUCCCUGCGGAAUCCACGCCUGUCCAAGGAGCUGCGGCGCAUUGUGCAAACCCUGCACUGAAUGCUAAAAUGCAAAUUUUCUGUCCGCGACAUCCUCAUCACUUCGCUGGCGUCUUGCAGAUGUACGGUUUUUUCGUAUAAAAGCUAUCAUUUCUCCCUACAUCUGCUGGUCGUAAACGCAAAACAUUUACUUUAGUAACAGCGAGCCAUUUACAGAAUACGAAGUAAAAUCAUAGCUACCUUCAGUAUUGGACAAAAACCCGAUGCGGUAUAGACCUAC